ACUGACUACUCUGCGCCUGUAUUGGCACUUCACUCUGCUGCCACCCUCAAGCAUGGUUGACGCGCUCUUCGUUGGCGCGAUCGCCGCAACCGUCACCAUCCUGGCGCUAUGGUACACCUUCCAAGCAUAUCUAACGAGGUCGCCGUUGGAUAACCUGCCUGGACCACCCACGCCGUCAUUCCUGCUUGGAAAUGUCCCUGAGAUUACGAACAGGGACAGCUGGAAAUGGUGGAAAGACCUGGUUGAAACCUACGGGCCCGUGUCAAAGCUUCAGGGCAUGUUCGGCGCUCGUGUGUUGCAUGUCUGCGACCCAAAAGCAAUGCAUAGCGUUCUGAUCAAGGACGUCGAGUUGUACCCCAAGAACGACGCGCCCUCUGACGACAUGCAUGUGCUUCUCGGGCCUGGGCUACUCACCACGGAAGGUGCACAGAACAGGAAGCAGCGCAAGCUGAUGAACCCCGUUUUCUCGGUGGCGCACCUGAGGAACAUGACGCACAUAUUCUACGGGAUCGCCCACAAGCUGCAAAGGGCGAUGGACGCGCGCGUCGGGAAAAACGGCGGUGUGCUGGACGUGAACGGUUGGAUGGGGCGCACCACGCUCGAGAUGCUCGGCCAGGCCGGGCUCGGUUACUCCUUCGACAACUUCGAGGAGGACUCGACCGACUCAUACGGCGAGUCGCUCAAGAUGUUCUUCCCCGUCCUGAGUUCUAUCGUGCUCGUGACGCUCAAUAUCCCCGCGCUGUCGCACAUCGUCCCGGACUGGCUCAUCAAGCGCAUCAUGAAGACAUUUCCGCAAGCUGAAGUGAGACGCAUGGCCGCUAUCUCGGACACCAUGGAGCGGCGCUCCAUGGAGAUCAUCAGCGAAAAGAAGCGUGCCCUACUAAAGGGCAACGACGCGCUCAUACACCAAAUCGGAGAGGGCAAGGACAUCAUGAGCCUCUUGCUGAAGGCGAACAUGGUCGCAUCGGACGGCGAGAAGCAUACGGACGAAGAGCUUGUCGCACAGAUGUCUACGUUCAUCCUCGCCGGCAUGGAUACGACCUCGAACGCGCUCUCUCGCAUCCUGCACGUCCUCGCCCAGAAUCCCACCGCGCAGGAUAAGCUUCGUGCAGAGAUCACGGAGGCCUGCGGCGGAGAGGACCUUGCGUACGACGAUCUUGUGAAGCUCCCGUACCUGGAGGCCGUCUGCCGCGAGACGCUGCGGCUGCAUGCGCCUGUGCAGUUUGUCAAACGCUUGGCCGCAAAGGACACGAUGCUUCCGCUCCUGAAGCCGAUCCGCUCCCUCGAUGGCUCCAUGCUGAGCGAGGUGCCGGUCCCCAAGGGAACGAUAAUGUUGCUGCACUUUACGGGAUGCAACACGAGCAAAGAUCUGUGGGGCGACGAUGCGGAAGAAUGGAAACCCGAGCGGUGGCUGGGCAAGUUGCCGCAGGCCGUCGACGACGCCCGUAUCCCAGGCGUCUACUCCAGUUUGAUGACCUUCUCUGGCGGGGGAAGAGCUUGUAUAGGCUUCAAAUUCUCGCAGCUCGAAAUGAAGGUUGUCCUCGCCGUCCUGCUCAGCGCGUUCAAGUUCGAAACGACUGAGAAGCCAAUCACUUGGAACUCGUCGGGCGUGCUCUACCCCGCGACUGGAGCCGACAGGGCCAAGCCGCAGAUGCUACUGAAAAUGACUAGGGUUGCGUAGCAGACUCACUCGUUGAACCUAUGGCAGGUUGAUGCUAUAUCGAUCUAUAGUUAUGCUGAAGCCCACCCAAUGUUGAUUGAACCAUUUUUCCGCGUUGUUGCCAGGGACAUACCACAUGUACAUAUCCGCUGGCUUCUGAUUACUCGUAUUUGAAAGCACUCACCCAAGAAACACGCUCGAUCACGGACAGCGGAGAUGGGAGCCACGAACAUAAAUAGAGUGCUGUGGGCCUAUUUACAUGUGAGAUUACAGCUAGCUAGGCAUACACGCAUCCAAAACAGACAUCAUCUUCACUCUCGGCCAAUGCACCUGGGGAAUACGCGAUUCAAUCGGACGGGAAAGUGUGAGGGAGGGGGUGGACUCGGAGAGGCGGCGGUGUGGUAUAGGUAAGCGCGGUGUGCGCACGCGCCGCGGUUUCGGAGAAGUACUAGGGAAAUAAUAUGUCAAAACGCGAUAGGAGAAAACUAACUUUGGGCGCUCAGGCCGUAUAUAUGCGUACACGCGCCCCGCGCUGCGUCCGAGACGGCAGGGCGAGCCGCGGUACGACGGCGCGCUCAGGCGAGCGUGGCGUUCGUCGCCGACGGGCUCUCCAUGCCCAUCUUCGCGCGGACGACCUCGAACGUCUUCAGCAUCUUCCUCCGCGCGCCCAGCGCGGCGACGCCCUUCGCCUCGAGCGCGGCUUCGUCCAUCAUCACCAUGUCGCGCCAGUUCAUGUUCUCAAAGUUGGGCGUGUACUUGUGCAGCCGCAAGCUACGCAGCCAGCCGGGGAUGUCCUCGAGGAGCUUCGGGUCGACGUCCUCAUCGUCCUUCUUCUCCCGCUGGCCCGGCGACUUCGUGUUCCCGCCCCGCUGGCUCAUGCCGCCCCGGUUUCCGCGCAUGUUGCCCUGCUGACCCAGUCCCAUCCCAAAGGCACCCAGGCCCGGUUGUCCAAGCUGGCCGAGCUGGCCCGCGGCAGCCAUCUGCAUCGCGAGCAUCUGCUCAGGGGUGACGCCCAUCGCCGCGAGGUUGUUCACGUUGAACAUGUUGUUGAAAGGGCUGACGGGAGCCAUGCCCGCAGCCGCGAGCGCCGCCAUGUUGAACCCGCCGGUGCCAGGCAUGCCGGCGAGGCCAGGGUUGCCCAUCCCCAUGCCGAACCCGGCCAUGCCGAGUCCGUUCAUGCUGCCGUCAUCGCUGAACCGGCCCGACGUGUUCGAGAGGGCGGGGCUACGCGCGCCACCCCAGCCUGCCUGUCCGCCGAACGCGUUGAGGUUUCCGUUAGGCCCGCUGACGUUCCGCAUCCCGCCACCACCACCCAUGCCACCACCCAUACCGCCAGAGACGUUGCGCUGGUUUCCGCCGCCGUAGCCCUGGUUGGGGUCCUCGUGGUCGUUGACGUUCCCUUUCGAGAGGCGGUUGAACUUCUUGGGCGGGUCCGAGAUAAGCGGCACAUUGCCACCACCCGUGGAGGUCCAGUCGUUCAGCUUCUGAGCAGCCGCGUCGAGGCUCUGCCCAGGGUUGCGGGUGUCCUUGAAGAUCGGAAUCAACGGGGUGUUGACCAUGCUCGCCCAGCUGCCUCCCGGCAUGGGCGACAGCUGCUGGUCGCCCUCAUCGCCUCGCGGCGACUUGAGGGCGUUGGCGAGGCCGGAGAAGUCAGUACUCUUGGGGCGCGAAGCACCGUUCGAAGGGAUGGUGAUUUCCUGGGCCGGGGACGAGGAGCGCUCGUCGACCUGUCCGAGUUGGUUCGAGCCAGAGCCCCAGGUGUUCCGGUCGCCAACGGCAGACGAAAGCGCAGGGGCGGAGAUCCGGUGCGCGGCAUUGCUGGCCUUCAGCUUGGCGCGCUGCUGAGCGAGGGUGCUCGCGGGGUCAUGUCCGCCAGCGUUGCUGACGUUGUUGGCGGCAUCGGGGGAGAGGAAUGAUGACCCGGAGAAGUUGCGAGUGGUGGGCGAGCCCGGCAGGUUAGACUUGAAGCCAGGCGACUUCAAGUUCAUCUGAGCCAACUUCGCUUCCAUCUGACUCUGCAUAGAGCCUCCAACUGCGGGGGACAACAGGGCAGUCAUAGGAUCAGACCGAGCCAUUUGCUGAAGGACGGUGAUGAAAAACCGGAUCUGGACCUGCGUAGAAUGUUGCAAAAGACUAUAAAGAGCGGCUGUGCGCUCGGCUUCGGAGAGAACCUUGAACCAUUGCUCGAUGGCACUCAGUUCUUCCUUGAAAUUGACGUCAAGAGAGGCAGCAGCCAUUUCUUCCAGCGUCGCCUCAUAAUUUUGGAAAGUCUCGAACCACUGGUCGAUGGCUUCGGCCUCCGGGGUCUGGAACAUGCCAGCGCUGCCCAACAGCUCACUGGUAGGCCGCGCGCCGCCAUUUUGCGCACCAGGGCGGGGCGAGGCGGGGGGCAGCUGAGAGCCCACCGGGCGAGAGGCGGGGCCCAUGGAGGCGCGGAAGUUGGGGGACCUGCCGCCGCCAUUGCCGCCGGGAGCGGGGGAGACGCUAGGGCUGGGGGGAGCAAGGCUAGACAUGUUGAGAGAAAGCGAAGGACUGCAAGUCGACGUCGAGUCGGGUUGGCUAGAAUCAAGCGACACGUUCCGAGGGGCGUGCAACGAUGUCUAGACAAGACCAGCGGAGCCUGCCGGUCUAGGAAAGGGCGAAGACGGUGAGAAGACGACUGGCGACGGCGACGACGACAACGAAGGAAUCGAGGUGGACGUCGAGGACG